AUGUCAAACGACCUGGGCGAGAUCGUUCGAAAUGCGACGUUCAUCAAACGCAUUUUUUUCGACAUUGGAUCAAAAACUAUCAAAAUUGCUUAUAUUUCUACGAUGCCUACAUACAAAACGACCAGGAACAAAAAUGUUUGUUUAACUGGGAAAAAUCUUGAUCGCCUUCACUGCAUUCAAGUGAACUAUGAGAAUUUUUCUGAAGUCCUUGACUUUCUUGCCGAAAAUGCUCCAUUGGCCGGAAAACCAGCGUAUUAUGCGUUCACGUCACGUGUCGUUGCAGUUGAAGAUCUGAUAAAAGAAAAACUUAAAGUCGAAUUAAUUUGCACUGAUGUCUUUGAAUGUAUUGUUAAAGGAACAAGUUUUCUUCUAAAAAAUAUUGAGGCGGAAGCUUAUACGUAUUCCUUCAAGCAGGACAAAGAGUAUGAAUUCAAAACAUUCCAUGAGUUAUCCAUUUAUCCAUAUAUCAUUGUCAAUAUUCGAACGGGUGUUUCAAUUAUGCGAGUUAACGGACCGAAUUGCUUCAAAAGAAUUGGAGGAAGCUCUAUUGGAGGUGGAAGCUUCUUAGGACUUGCUUCUCUUCUCACCGGAGAAGAAAAUCUUGAAAAGUUGAUGGAAAUGGCCGAGUUGGGUGACGCUUCAGAGUAUGACAAGCUUAUCAGUGAUGUUUAUGGAGACAAAGUGAACAAUCUUGGGCUUCCGGGGCACCUCCUUGCUGCGUCGUUCGCCAAAGCCGCAUCUGUUCAACCGGAACCUAUUGAAAAUAUGACCGAUGAAUCGAAAGCCAACGCUGCAAGCAGUUUGUUGAGAAUGAUUACUUACAACGUUGCUCAGAUGGCGUUUCUUUAUGCCGAAAAGGAAAAGGUGGAUCGUGUUUUCUUUAAUGGAUUUUUAGUUCGAAACAGACCUAUCGUCAUGAAAACUCUAUCAUAUUCUUUUAAUUAUUGGUCGUCGGGAAAACUACGCGCAUUCUUCCUUCGUCAUGAGAAUUACACUUCGGUCAUCGGAGCCUUCCUCACUAGCGUUUCUUUGUCCAACGAAAAACGCAUUCGAGAAAGAGAAUUUCUUUACUGGAAAGAGCAUUACAGCGGCUCGACAGCUCUUGGACGAUUCGUUCCAACAGGCCCUCUUACAGCAGGAUUCAACGCACAGACUUUUGAAAUGGAUUGCGCCGAAUUUCAAGUUGCCCCAUUUGUGCUCAUUGACAAUCCGGACUACAUUCCUGACACUAUUGAUUUCAACAAAGACGUAGAAGCACGCGACUUCUGGCUAAACGUGAUGUCUGAGAAUAUACAAGAGAUUAGCAGAAUCGCUUUUGACUCGCAAGUCAACUUCGAAAACCGUCAAGAUCUUAUUGAUCGUGUUGAAGGAUACGAGAUUAUAUUUAAAAAUAUGCUUGACACUAUUCGUGAGCAUCCAUUUGCAUAUGGUAAUGCUAAUGCUCGCAAUAUUCUUGAAUUCCGAGAGCAAAUUUUGAGAGAAUAUGGAUUUGAUGAUAUCUACCUUCUGAGAAAACAUGACGAGAAUAAUUUUGCCGCAACGCAGCUUCGCUUUUUGAACCGUGUUAUUGAUCAAAUGCGCAAGGUAAUAAAGCCAAAGAAGGAAACCGUUCUCUUCAUUUGUCGCUGUCUAUUGGCCGGAAAUGUCUUUGAUUGGGGAGCCAAAGAAGUUGUCAAACUGAUGAAUCGCACAGAAGGAUUCAGUUUCCAAGAAGCUAUUGAAAAAGUUCAAGAACGUCCAUGGCUUAUUGAUAACUUUGACGAGUUCUAUGAGAGAUAUAGCUACUAUCAGAGCGUUAUGGUUUUUGUUGACAACUCAGGAUGCGAUUAUGUUCUCGGCGUGAUUCCAUUUAUUAAGCUUUUCAUGCGCAAUGGAGCAAAAGUUAUUAUCGUUGCCAACACAACUCCUGCUUUGAAUGACAUCACAUAUAGCGAGAUGAACAAUGUAUUCAUGAGUAUCUGCGCCACAGAUGAUGAACUUCGUCAGUAUUCGAAAAACCGUCAGUUGCAUUUUGCACAAAGUGGGCAAGGUUCACCGUGUUUGGAUUUGAGAAAAAUUCAUAGUGAUUUAAAUCGAAUGGCUAUCCGUGAGCAAACUGAUCUGGUUGUACUCGAGGGAAUGGGACGUGCUAUCCACACCAACUUCAAAGCUAGAUUCCGGUGUGAUGUAUUGAAGGCAGCAGUCAUCAAAACAAAAUGGUUGGCUGGUCGUCUUGGAGGUGAUAUGUUCAGCAUUGUAUUCAAAUGGGAGCGUGGAACUCAGACUGCCAACAAUGUCAAAGUGUUUUUUGAAGCUGAUGAAUAUUUAGAGGAUAAAGAAAAAGAAGAAGAAGGAACUGCAUAG